GCACCGCCAUCGCCACCGCCGCGAGCGACAGCCCCGCGCGGCUUGUCGCGCCGCCUCCAUGCGGCUCGGCGGGCCAGAGGACGACGCCGUCGCAUCGUCUGCCUGGCGCUGGGCCAAGCGCUCGCUCCCUCUCCUCGUCACCGGCGCGAGCGGAAGCGACGGCGACGCGGCUCCGGAGGCGGCUCUCUUCAACCUCGUCCUCAUCCGCGCGCCCUUCCUGCUCGCCUGCGCCGCGCUGCUCGUCAACGUCCUCCUCGGCGGCGGCAUCGUCCUCUCUGGCGCCGCCUGGCCGCAGAAUGGCGCUGCUCUCCACCACCUAGAGGCUGUGGCAGGAAGCUUCCGGAGCAUGCGGAAGCCUCCUUUAGGCGCUCCUCCUCCUCCGGACUCGGCGGCGUGGCGCGACCUGCUGCGGCUGCGCGGCGGGGCGGCGCGCGGCGCGGCGGCGGGCCGGGCGGGCGGGGCGGGGCUGCACCGCGCGACUGCCGUGAUGGGCGCUGCUCCGUCUGGCGGCGGCCGAGGUUAGUGGUGGAGGAGGGGUGAGAUUACCCGAGCUCACCCGAGGCUGCCCGAGAUUAGGCGGGCGAGUGAUGGUGUGGAGGGCGGAGGCGGCCGCGUCUACCCCCAUCCGCGGCGGCGCAGCCGAUGUGUCCGCUUUCCUCGACAGCCUGGCGGACAGCGACUUCAUCGUGCGUGCGGAUGACUCGGUCGUCAGCUGCGAGCCAGCAGCCAGGCAAGGAGGAGGAGGAGGAGGAGAGGGAGAGGCGGGCCGCUACGUCGCCGCCAUCGCUCCAUUGCGGCUGCCCGGCCUGACUGUCCGCCCGACGGCCUUCAUCCGCGUGGACCGGCUCAGUGACGGAGGGUUGAGGUACACGACCGAGCGGGUCGACAACGCGUUUGAGGGCUCAUUCCGAGGCCUCGCCGAGCGCGUCACGCCAACCAUCACCGCCGCGACCACUCUGCGCGCCGAGGAGCGCCGCCUGUGGUAGAGGCUGCGGAAGAGGCUGCGGAAGAGGCGCUGCUGAAGGCGAGGGCUGUGUGAGCAGGAGCGGUGCUUGGCGGCGGAGGCGGAGUUCGAGCUCACGAUGCCUCUGCCCUCGUGGUGGCCGAUCCCCGCGCCGGCGAUGGACGCUGGCGGUGCGCGCCUCGCGGCGGGGUGAGAGAGAGGGAUGCGUGCCGCUGGCGCAGGGUGUCGCUGACGCCGCUAUUGCACCCACAGGCGCACUCAUCUCGCGGCUGGUGGAGAAGGACACCCGCGUGUCCCUCGAGCGAGUGAUCGGCGAGUACGAGGCGAGACGCGGUGCCGCCGCUGCCGGGGGCGCGGAGCAGCAGCAGGGCGGCGGCGUCAGGGCGGACGAGUAAAGCGCGCUCCCACCGGGUCGCGACCCGCCACCGCGGUCAAGAAUAGUCGGGGACGAGAAAGAGAAAUUUCCGCGCUUUUGAAUUGUGCGGGUGAUAUGAUAUCUAGUGGCGCUAGAGCCGACGAAUCACCC